GUAAGUCACAGUAUAUUGGAUCAGACAAUAUUUGAUUAGCGCGGGUGGAGUGUAAACUGGUAAGAAACGUGUUUUCUCCUUACGUGUUCACUGUUCAGUUGUGGUUAUUAUAUUUUUUAACAGUUAUGAAGAAGAACAAGAGCCAUUUUUCUGGUAAGAAAACGUCUAAACCACAAAAGGAAUCCCCUCAGGCGGAGGAGAACUCGCUGCCAAAGUUGGAUUCCCUCGAUGAGGAAAACCAAGGCUUCGGCGGCUGGCUGAGAUCAGACGAUGGCUUGGAGAACAUGAAACUAUUCGUCAUAGCUAACAGCAUUGUUUUACUAACGACUUUGGUGUACCCCCAGCUGCAAACUGUAUUCGAUAUUAUAUCCGAAACUGUAUAUGGCACUGAAACGGAAUACUAAAUUGUGCUAAUUUCAUCAGUAAGAAUUACAUUUCUAUGUUAAGCUCUGCGUUACUGUAAUUACUGCGGCGUUUUGUCUACUGAAAUAGUUCUAAGUAUAUAAAACAAUAAUUUAAACUCUAAUGUUAUAUAGUAUACGCCUCCAUUUACGUGAACAAUAUCUUAAAAACUGUUUCCAAAAAUAAAGAACAUAGCUUUUAAUAAGA